AUGACCAGGUUACUGUUUGUUACAGGAGAAGCAAAGAACUUACCCGGUCGCAGCCAUGGAGCGGCAAGCUGUCGCGACAUCUACUGCGUGCUGUCGCUGGACCAGGAGGAGAUUUUUCGCACGUCCACCAUGGAGAGAACGCUCAAUCCAUUCUUUGGCGAAGAGUUCCAGUUCGAGGUGCCUCGAAGAUUUCGAUACCUGUCCAUAUACGUGUUCGAUCGUGACAAACACCUCAAACAAGACAAGGUGCUUGGAAAGGUUGCAAUCAAACGAGAAGAUCUCCACCGGUACAACAAUAAGGACCACUGGUUCGCGUUGCGGCCCGUGGAUGCCGAUUCAGAGGUGCAAGGCAAGGCAUACAUUGAACUUACACUUGAAGAUUCAAGAAAACGGCUACGAAUGGAGCCAAAGCCGCCUGAUCCUGACAUGGCCGCUGACCAAUGCUCGACAAAAACGAAGGCUAAUAAUCUCGUUAGAUUGUCCGAAUAUUGCAAGGAGAGUAUGAGGUUCGGCUCUUGCUCCAGCUCAACGAGCAAAAAACUUCUGAGCACGGGUGCUGAACCUACCUUGGCGUUGUCACGCUCAGAAAGCCUAAAAGAUCGAGCACAAUGGGCACCUAGGACAAAACCUUCUAUGCACACGACAAUGUCCGAAUCCGACACGUCACCCACACCCACCGCAGCAGACUACUGGUCGGAUCCUGAAAGACAUUGUACAGCGCGUGUUGGACCCGACACGUUACGCCUCAGAGUACUUGAAUGCUCAGAACUGACUACAAAAAAUGGACAGUGCGAUCCGUUUGCUCUCGUCACGUUACUUUACUCAAACGGACGAAAAGUGGAGAGGCGCACGAAGCCAAGAAAGAAGACUGUUAAUCCUCAAUUUGACGAAAUUUUCUGUUUCGAUCUCGUUAUGGAAGCUGACCCUAAGGAUAAGGACGGCUCGCAAACGGCGGGCGUAGCGUGUGAAGCGAGAAUAUCAGUGUGGCACGAUGCAGCCACACCCGUCUUUUUGGGAGAAGUGCGACUACAACUUCGGCAAUCUGCUCCACAACCUAUGCGUGCUUGGUUUUUCCUAACGUCACGGGCAGGCGGAGCGCUGUCCCGGGGUGCGACUCCCCCGGGCACUCGGCUUUCAGCAGCUGGCAGCGCCACCUUAGGUUCGCUACGACUCCUACUGCAGUAUACAGUUGAUCAUGUAUUCUCCAUACAGCACUACAGACAGCUCGAGGAACUAUUUUUAAGGAGUGUCCAUCAAAAGCCAAUAACAGCGUCGGCAGUGUAUAUAUUAGGCGAAAUAGUGUCGAGUAAGACGGAUGCGGCGCAGCCACUUGUUAGGCUGUUCACUCACCAUGAUCUCAUAGUACCCAUCGUGAAAGAGCUUGCAGACGCUGAAAUAUCUGUGCUCACCGAUGCGACGACGAUAUUCCGCGGCAACACACUUGUUUCGAAAAUGAUGGACGAGGCGAUGCGUCUAAGUGGCGCUUCAUACUUGCGCUCAGUCCUGCGGCCCACUCUGGCCGCGGUGCUGGCCGAGAAGCGUCCUUGCGAAAUCGACCCCGCGCGAGUCAAACCCUCCGCCGCUAUUGCUACCAAUCUCGUCAAUCUGAAAGACUACGUCGAGCGAGUGUUCGCGGCGAUAACGUCGUCAUAUUCCAUGUGCCCUGCGGCGAUGUGCCGGCUGUUCGACGCGCUGCGCCAAUGUGCGGCGCGGCAUUUCCCGUGUAACGCCGAGGUGCGCUACUCGGUCGUCUCAGGGUUCAUUUUCCUGCGGUUUUUCGCGCCUGCUAUACUCGGGCCCCGAUUGUUCGACCUUACCACAGAACAGAUUGACCCACAAACGAAUCGGACUUUAACGCUGAUCUCGAAGACGAUCCAGUCGUUAGGCAACUUGGUGAGCAGUCGGUCGGCGCAGCAGGUCUGCAAGGAGGAGUACAUGGCCGAGCUGUACCGUAGUUUCUGCACGGCUAGACACGUACAAGCAAUAAGACAGUUCCUGGAAGUAAUCUCCACUAGCUCAGACACGCAGAACAAUAACGUCCAGGAAACUUCGGUGCUACUUAAAGAGGGGACGAUGAUAAAACGUUCGGAGGGAGUACGCGCAGGCGCGGGCUCGCCUCGGCGCCGUUGGACGCGCGCUGCCCACGCGCACGCUAAGAGAAGACAUUUUAGACUUACAAGUGGCGAGCUGACAUGGUCGCGGUGCGGCGCGAAGACACCGGCCCAUCGGCUUCCUCUGUCGGGCGUCGUGGCCGUCGCGCCUGUCGACUGCCCGCCCGCCGGCGCGCCUCUCGGCGCCAACAACAUAUUCCAGAUCGUGCACCGCGAGCGCGUCCUAUUCGUGCAAGCCAGCAACUGCGUGGAACGCGCCGAGUGGGUGCGUCUGCUGUCUGCGCUGUGCCGCCAUUCGCCCGCAGCGCGGCCACACACUGGUUACUACGCAGAUACUUAUUGGACAUGCUGCAGCCGGCCAGAGGCGGAGGCGGAGGGGUGCGGCGGUGUGGAGGAGGGCACGGCGGCAGGCGAGCGCGAGACGCUUCGCGGGCCUGUGGCGCUGGCGCUGCGUCUCGACCCGGCGCGCGAUUUGCAACGUCUGCACGCAUUGCUCGUCGCGCACGCGCACUGCCUUGACCAGCGCCUCCAUCACCCCCAUAACAACGACUUGUCACCGGAGGAUCGCGAGGCGGAGGUGGCUACCCUCCGUGAUCUCCAGGAAGUCAUGUUCAAUCUCGAACAUCGGCAUCGUACGUAUCGACGGUCCCUAGCACGUGAAACCAAAUAUGGCAGCAAACAAGCGCCUAUUGGCGACGACAAUUACCUACACCUGGCGGGCGCUGGGGGCAGCGUGGACGGCGGGCCCUUCCUGUGGCGGCCGUGGCGUAGCGACAACGCGCCUUCGGUCGACCUCGACGGUAAGCCGUUGCAGGCUACGCGCGACCUCGCCUCUAGUUCCGAAUCGCUGAAACUAGCACGGCACGCCGACGAACGCUCUUCCGGCAAGUCCAACCGGUCCGCCGGAAGCGGUUAUCUCACCAUGUCGUGCCUCAAGCAUGAGCCUUCCGAGGACAGCGACGCGUCGGCGGAGCGGCCUGCGCGGCCGCCGAAGCCAGCGCGGCUAUCGCCGUCGCGCGCGACCGCGCAGCCGCCGCUAUGUGAAUAUGUGGAUGUAGAGCCUCGGCCGCCGGAACGGCGCGCCAAGCCCGAUGCAUCACCCCGCCGCCCAGACACGGAGCCUGUGUCGCGGUGCCGCGAGUACGAGCUGAUGGCCAAUUUUAUGAGCCACGCUCAUCAUCGCGAUGACGACACUCCACCUGCCGUGCCGCCGCGUGCGCGUGCGCUGCCGCCGCGGUCGCCACCAGAGCCCGCAGCGCGGUCGCCCAGCCCGCCCCUCACAGAGGCUGCGCAGCGGCCACGCUCGAACAUCGACAACUUGUCCACCGACGACAGCCUCCUAGACGAGUUGCAGCGCGAAUACUGCGUCCUCAAGGUAUGCGAAGACGACCCACCGAAGCCUUCUGACGAACCGAGCAUUGCACUCGUAAAACCCGGCGAUUCCCCGGAGAAGGAGGACUGCGGAAUAUUCUCCAGGGUCAGUGUGCAGAGAAAAUCCAAUCCGAACAAAACUCAAACGAGAUCGAUGAAACCGCUAAAGACAUCCAACUCGACCUCCAACGUGGCGGACGCUGGAUCCAGCACUUCGCGUCCUCUCGCCGAGCGUCUCACUCCGUUCUUUCUUAAAAAGAAACCAAAACCUCCGGAAGAUGCCCCAAUUAGCAAAAGCGCACGGAAGGAAGACAACCUCAUUGGGCGACUGACGCCCAGAUUUGGUCAAUCGCGAUUGUACGGGCGCGAACAUUCGUUGGAGUUGACGCAACCUGAGAGCCGCACUCGUCGGAUUGAACGCUCUGCCACCACUGUCAAUUUCACGCGCCCGAUGAACUCUUCAAUUGUGGCCAACUUAAAGUUCCUCAGCUUACAUCGAUAUGGUGCUCAGGAAGAAGUGCAAUGCCGUGCAUGUGUUAGCACCAACGAGGAAGAUACGACACAGCCGACUUUGUCGCAGGACAAUAAGGCAACGAGUACAGAAAAUACUGAUACUACAGAUGGCGCUGAAAAUGGUGCAUUAGAUUAUGUUGUGGGAGAAGACAGUCUCGACACAGUGUCAUGGCGGCACGCGCACACGCCGUCGCUGUUGGCCGCCACCAAUGACAUCCGUCUUUAACGCUUUGGAUGGCGGCUGUUGCGACAGCGCCGAAGAUACAUGGUUAGACCCAGACUGGACGUUUAGUGCUUCUGUAAAUUUAUUAGGUAUAGGGUUGUAUUUAUUUCUAUAUUUUUCGAACUCCUUUUGCGUCGACCUGAAGCCAUGUGCCUCCUCUAGAUUGUAGUAGUCUUUUUCUGAAAAAUACUGGUAUGUUUUAAGUAUAUGGUAGCUUAAAUACUCAAGUAGGUGCCAAGUGUUGUGCGGAUCCGCCAUCAUCGGCGACAAACUCACUCAUUCCUGUUGCACAAUUAUUAUUGUGACACAAUUUUAAAAGUCUUAACUAAUAAACUAGUUACGAUUUGUUUCUUAUCUUAUCUUGAAUAUAGCAAUACGAGAUAGAGUAUACUUUUAUAUUUUUAAUAUUUCGUACUGUACAUGCAUGUCCUAAGAUGGAAUAAAUUUAUAUUUGUAUUGCAUGCUCAUGACUGGACAUGCGCGACGGUAUACCGCAAUUUUAUGAACACUGUGUAUUUUAUUGCCUUCAGUUUAGUUGUUUGCCUCCUGCAACUUAUCUUCAUUGGAAUAGGUAUUCGAUUUUCAUAUUUUUACCAUUAUUAAUGUUGCUAUGCAAUUAUGGACAAUAUACUGCACUUUUUUAUAAAUUGUUUUCGCACUACAUAUUCACAUGUACUUAAAAAAUUUUGAUGUUACUGAGACUCUGUCCCUUUUUAUUGAGGUGUCGUUCAUAUUCUAAACUAAUUAAUUGUAAUUAAUCUUAAAUUCGGCCUUAACGAUUUAUCAAGCCGGCCUUUGGGAUUAACACCACUUAUACUGUGAUUCAAUUUUACAAUCUUAUUAAUAUUUAGUCUGUACAAUAUACUUCUAAUUAAUCAAUAAAUUAAAGAACUGUAUGAAUGUCGAAUAUUAUAAUUACAAUCGUGAAAGGAACCUAGAUGUUCCCACUUCUUAAAUAAUUUUAUGAUGUUAAUUACUUAUUAGAGAAUGAUGGCAAUAGCUACUUCCGAAAAGUUGAAGUUUCAGAACUCUGUAUAUU